AUGGCAAGGAUACGCAAACAAGCAGCGUCGGUGACUGCUGCUAUAACACCGGUGAACUCAGCGAUACCGACUCUCACUCCGUUAACUUUUGGAAGUUUUUUACCAACUAGAUUCCAACCAAUUCAAGAGGAAAAGGAGCUAAGUGAGGAUGAAGAAGGGAACAAUAAUCAAUGGAACAAUACAAAUGUUGUUAUAGAGAAGGAAGCUCAGAAAUAUCCAGAUCUUAUAGCAACCGCGGAGGCAGGAAAGGAGAAGGUCAUGCAUACAAAGGAGCUUAGACAGCUGAAUAGUAACUCUCAGAUGGGGAUGAGGUUGGAGUAUGUUCCACCAAGUCAUAGAGAUGGUAAGGUUGUCAUUCAAAUAGAGGAAGAAGAUGUAAGUAAACUAAAUGAAUACUGGGGGACUGCUCUAAUUGGGUAUGCACUUGGGGAUACUCCGUAUGAGAAAUCUAUGGAGAACUAUGUAGAAUCAGUGUGGGAUUUUGUCACUAGACCCCAAAUUCUGUAUCACCAAGAAGGAUAUUAUGUGUUUCGAUUCACAACAGUGGAGGAAAGAGAUGAAGUCGUGCAAGCAGGGCCAUACUCAUAUCAUAACAAGCCAUUUAUUCUGCAGAAUUGGGAAAGAGAUUUCCACUUUGAUCCUAAAUGUAUCACUACUAUUCCCUUGUGGAUUCACUUACCUAGUCUAUCAGCUGAGUAUUGGACUGCUGAUGCAUUAAGUAAGGUGGCUAGUGUUGUAGGUUUACCAAUGUACACAGAUAAAUUUACAGCAGAACUGAACAAAAUCUCCUAUGCCGGAGUGCUUGUGAAAGUUGACAUUACAAAGCCAUUAGUGAAGAAUUUUGAGAUUGCAACUCCCACUGGUACUCGACAGCAGGAAAUAUUGUAUGAAUGGAGGCCAAAAUUCUGUGUUGAAUGCUUACAUUUUGGUCAUGAUAGCUUUGAGUGCUGGAAGUCAAUCAAACAUCACAAAGAUACUGAAUUCAAGGCCCCAAAAAGAAGAAAUAGAGGCAGGAGGAGGAAAGUUAUUCAGGAAUGGAAGCCAAAAGAUCAACAGGAACAAGAAGAGGGGAUUGAAGAGGUGAUUGAAGUACAACCUCCAAUUGACAAAGGAAAGCAGAACAUAGCAGAUAAACCAGACCAAAGGAGUAUGAUGAUACAAAGAAAGGAUAGUAGUGAAAGGCAGAAUACUCCAGUUGUUCAGCAGGAUAUAAAUGGUGAGGCUAGCACUUCUAAUAGAUUUACAGUUUUGGAAGAGUGUGGGCAAGUUUCUGUACAUGGAGGGGUGAAUAACUCUGAUCCUAUACAAAAACCACCAUGA